AUGGAUUGUGCAACUAAAAACCAUAAUGAUUUUGGGUUUAGUAAGUUGUAUAAACCUGUUAAGAUUAGAGAGAAAACAUGUUCUUAUGUGUUUGAAAAUGAUAUUAUUGGGAGAGAUGCUGACAAGAAGAUCAUUGUGGAUGUGUUGUUAAAAGAUGACUUGGAGGAAAAUAUUUCUUUUGCGACUAUUGUGGGGACUAGGGGGCUGGAAAAGGACUCUUGGGAACUGUUCAAGAAAAUAUCACUUAGAGAAAGGGAAGACGUUGCAGUCAUUGAUCUAGUUGAGAUAGGAAAAGAAAUUACGAAAAAUUGUGUCAAUGUGCCUCUCUCCAUAAGGGUGGUUGCAAGUUUGUUGUAUAAUCAAGAUAUAGCAAUUUGGCAGUCAUUCGGAAGUAUUGAUUUGGCUAAAUUAGGUAAUGAUGACGACGACAUAAUGCCAACAUUGAUGUUUAGCUAUUAUCAUCUUGCUCCAGAGCUAAAGAGUUGCUUUAGCUAUUGCUCACUCUUCCCCGAGGACUAA